AUGGCACGCUGCGUCUGUGUGCACGGCUACACAGGCCUCUCCUUUCUCUGUCAGUAUGACUUAGAUGGGUGUGCUGACAGCCCCUGUUUCCCAGGUGUUGUCUGCCAGGACGUGCCUGCUAACAAUACGAGUGUGUCCAGCCCGGCGUACAUCUGCUCUAGCUGUCCCAACGACCACAGAGGCGACGGUCAAGUGUGCUACGCAUACGUGUACAAACCUGCCAGGGGAGGCUAUGCCUGCGGCUGCCACCAAGGCUUCAUACGAGCUGAUGACAGCUACUCAUGUGAAGAUGUGGACGAGUGUGCUGGAUCAAGCGACAUGUGUGGUUCGCACGGGAACUGUGUGAACACACUUGGUAGUUUCACCUGCCAGUGUGAGACGGGAUACUACCGCCUCCACGCGGAAUGUGUUGAUGUGGAUGAAUGCUCUGCACUAGACCCGUGUCCAGACUUCUCAGCCUGUCACAACCUCGACGGCUCGUACGAGUGCAUCUGUAUGCGAGGCUACGAACGCAAUGUGGCCGGUGCUUGCACAGAUGUGGACGAGUGUGAUGUUUGGGAAGAUAACAGAUGUCAGCAACUGUGUGUGAACACAGUAGGCGGUUUCCACUGCACCUGCCACGCUGGCUUCACCAUCGACCCAGACUAUGCUACUGUCUGCAGACCGACUGUAGCAUGUACGGAGAUGGAGGCAAGUGCGUGCAUUAGCGUGGCAGCGUGUGCCAUCAUAGAGGCAGCAUCCGGGCGGAUCGUCACGUGCGUCUGUCAGUCGGGCUUCAGACUCUUCAAUGCAACAGAAUGCGUCGAUGUCAAUGAAUGUGAAGAAACCAGUUUGUGUAGCAUCCAGCCUGGUGCAGCUACCUGCAUUAACAAGCGUGGCACCUACGAGUGCACGUGCAAGGCAGGCUAUCAACUGACACCGGGUAGCAGAAUUCGAUGCCAAGACGUCGACGAAUGCGGAGCCGGAACACACACUUGUGAACAAGACUGUAUCAAUUACCGGGGGUCGUUCAUGUGUUCUUGUCACCAUGGCUACAGCAGCAUCAGUGACACCCAGUGUUCAGACAUUGACGAGUGUGGAGACCCUGAUCUGAAUUCGUGCCACCCCACUAGAGCUACGUGCACUAACACAGCAGGUGGAUACACGUGCGUUUGCAAUGCUGGCUACCUAGGAAAUGGAAUUGACUGUGGAGGUCAGGAUGCAUGCAGUGAGCCAGACAAUGCAGGCUGUUCCCAGGGUUGUAGCGAUAGUCUAGUCUCUGGAAGAUGCAUCUGUGGAACUGGGUUUGUCUUGGCCCCCAACGCCAUGCAUUGUCUAGACAUCAACGAGUGUGGCUCGGAUACGAUGCAAAGCUGCUAUAAUGCCACCUACUGCCUGAAUACGCACGGCGCACAUGUUUGCAGCUGCCCCAUUGGUUACUACUUACUGUCAGAUGGCAGCACCUGUAAAUCGGCUGACUCGUGCGAGGCGGAUCACGAGUGUGGUUACACAUGUAGCAGCGUUAAUGGAGUCGAGACUUGCAUCUGUCCCCGCGGUUUCACGCCGGCCGCCGACGGAGCGGCGUGCACAGACGUAGAUGAGUGCAGCGCCUCUCCCUCGCCGUGUGCGGAAGCGCAGGGGGUCGUCUGUGUGAACGUACCAGGUUCCUACCGCUGUGACUGCAUUAACGACCUAGACGUGCAUCUAAACGCAGAGACGUGCGCAGAGGUGAAUGAGUGUGCUGGCGUUAAUAACUGCCCCACCCACGCCACCUGCACCGACGACUCGCAAGGCUACCACUGUGACUGUGGGAUUGGAUUCAUACGCGACGGCACCGUAUGCAGCGACGUCGACGAGUGUGCGUCUAGCGAACUCAAUACGUGUCAUGCGAGCCGCGGCGUCUGCAUCAACGUCGUCGGCAGCUUUCAGUGCUCGUGUUACGUCGGCUACACAGGGUCUCAGUGUUCAGACGUGAACGAGUGUUUGAUGCAGCCAAGCGUUUGUCAGCAUGCAGACACCUGCGUCAACACUGACGGAUCGUUCACAUGUGACUGUUCCACGGGUUAUUCCCUGCUGGCAAACGGCAACACCUGUAUUAACAUCAACGAAUGUGUCAUUGGUACCCACACCUGCACACAGUUGUGCGAUGAUUGGCCAGGAAGCUACACGUGUGGCUGCAUGCCCGGAUACAGACUAGAGAGCAAUCUCAGAGAUUGUGCAGUGGUGGUGGCGUGCAAUACCUCGCAGGGAGAGCAAUGUUUGGAUGAUUGCGUCGUCAUAGACGGACAGGCGACGUGUGUGUGCACCGAUCCUACCACGCAGCUAGCUGACGAUGGCAUGUCCUGCAUAGAUAAGAAUGAGUGUGUGUCGCCGGCGCCCGUCUGUGGUGUAAACGCCAUCUGCGUGGAUAAGACUUCUGGCUUUGAAUGCAACUGUUUGGAUGGAUGGGAGCUGGCAGCUGAUACAGUGAACUGCUUCGAUCGCAAUGGCGGCUGGAGUCAGUGGGGGGAAUUCGGGGCAUGCAGCAGCACCUGUGGCACUGGACUCAUGGUGAGAAGGCGCACAUGUAGCAACCCCACCCCUGAAGGCUGGGGCAUGCAAUGCCAUGGCAGCGAGAUAGAGACCGAAACAUGCAACAGCCAGCAAUGCCCACUUUCAGAGUCAUCCCUUGAGUUUGGAGUGACUCUGUUGCUGUUUAAUAUGGCAAUAUAUCAGUUUACGCCGGCAGUCGACCACUCGCUCCGGACAAGCAUUGCAGACGCCUGGAAUGAAUACUGUCUACGGGACGAGAGUACAUAUGAUGAGUGCUGCAGUCAGCUGCCUGGAUAUCAGCCUUACCCGGGAGCGGCUGCAUCGCUGAGUAUCUCCGACCUUGGACACAUCUACAUCGACCAUGAUGCACUGCAGCAGGUCGGUGAUGACCUACAGGUGAUCGUGCUCGCUGGAAUCCCGCGCGACAAUGAGCUGUGUCGCCCCCUGGCAGCUGCCGGCAGACGCAGGAAGCGAGAGGCGGUGUUUGACGUGGACGCGGUGGUGCUCCUGAGGCAGACCUUGCUGCUGCAGAUUCUUAGCAACGGCGACAUCCAAGCAAGUAUCGUGGAAAGCAUCAUAGCGACAGGACUAAAUACGACACUGAUAAUGGUGACCGCAACCGCAGUCAACGAUAAUGGUGAUGACCAGGACGUUGACAGCGGACUCGUGCCGUGGCUGGUCGCCGUCAUCACACUGGCUUCUCUCCUCAUCGUCGUCAUUGUCGUCCUCAUCGUCGUCUUCAUCUACGUCAAGAGGUGA